AUGAGUUCCUCGUCAAGUAGCGACGAUAGCUGCGACAGCUGCAACAGCGACGACGGAUACGGAAGCUACGACACCACAGAUGAAUUGGAUUUAGGGCAUCUAUUCGACAGUGACGACGACUGCGACGACGAGGAGGAAAUUGUAGAUCUGGGAACGUUCGACUCAAAGAAAGCGGCAAGGCUGCAUGCAGAUCGUGCUCAGAACGUAAAAUACCGAUUUUUGACGAACAGUACCAGCACACUUCGUAAGACCUAUCAGUGGAAUUUGACGAGGACUCCAUCAAUCACGAGAUAA